AUGGCUUCGGUGGCCACGACGGCGACAGAGGUGGAGCCUCAGGGUCCUUUUGAGGGGCCAGAGAAGCUCCUCGAACUCUGGUUUGCCGAUUCACCCGAGCUCCUGCCGCGCCAGGCUCUCAGAAGUACCUUUACGAUUCUCCAGGACGCAAAGGGAGAGGUAGUGAGAGGUGUUAGCGCGCCGGAGAGGGUGGGAUUGAGGGCUGUUCCGCGACCACUGUGGGAGGAGAUGCUGGAUCUGGUCAAGUGCAAGGUGUUGAGCGUGAUCGAAGGUCAGGACGUAGAUGCUUAUCUACUGAGCGAAUCUUCGAUGUUUGUUUUCCCUCACAAGAUCAUUUUGAAGACUUGUGGAACGACAACACUACUAUUGGGUCUCAGACGGCUGCUCGAACUCGCCAAGUGCUCUUUGACUGGCCAAUCUAGCUUUAGAUUGCCUGAGGCGUCACCUGAUACAGUCUGCCGGGACCUGGGUGCCAUGGUUCGGCAAUGCUUCUACAGCCGCAAGAGCUUCAUGUUCCCUGAGCGGCAAAAGGGCCCUCACAAGGAUUGGAUGCUCGAGGUGCAGCUUCUCGAGGCCUUCUUCGUGGACGGCUCUGCAUACACAGUGGGCAAGAUGAACGGAGACCACUGGCUGCUGUUCAUGUGUUGCCCCGGAGAUGAGGAACGCACCAGUCGCUUCUCUCCUGCUAUCGAAUCUGCCGAGCGGCCCCUACAGCUGCCACUGCCGGCAUCGGUGGAUCUGAUCAACGAUCAGACAUUGGAGAUUCUCAUGACGCAUCUGUCUCCAUCCUCGUGCGCUGCCUUUGAAUUCCCAGAGGAUAUGGAGCUGCCGGCGCAGCCCGACUCGGACAAGCCUUUGGAUCGAGGACAUCUUCUCGCAAUGGACUUGUCUGAGAAACUGGGUCUAGCGACUCUCUUCCCAAAUACACAGCUGGAUGCCUUUGCCUUUGACCCUUGCGGCUACUCGGCCAAUGCUGUCAUUCCUGCUAGCUCACACACAACAUCUGGCUACUGGACAAUUCACGUCACUCCCGAGGCAGACUCCAGCUACGCCAGCUUCGAGUCCAACGUGGCUCUACGGAGAGCCAAUGGACCGGUCGACGAUGACGACGAGGCAGAAGCGAAUGGCAAGAGUGGCAGUCUUGCCCCACGCGAUCUCCCCGCCUUGAUCAAGCAGGUGGUAGACAUCUUCCAACCGGGCAAGAUGAGCAUCACCCUCUUCACCUCUUCUCGGCGCGGUGAAGAGUCUUCUGUCACGGGCGUGGAUGAUGCCAGUCUACUCCACUCGUUGAGGUUGCCUGGGUACACGAGGCGGGAUAGGAUCGCGUACGAAUUUGAGAGCUACGAUCUGGUCUUUUGCCAUUUUGAAACGAUCUCGAGGAAGGCAGAGAGGUCGUAG